AUGGAUACUGUAUCUAAGACCGGAGAUGGCGUGUCGUAUCAACACGAACACCGCAUCGAAGAUGUUGAGCAGCUGAUGCAUCAGGGUCAGAACUACGCCAAAGGCGCUGACCGGGCGGCGAAUCUCAUUGGUGACCAGCAGAUUGAGCUCACAGAAGAAGAUAACAAACGCAUCCGCCGGAAAACUGAUAAGCGAAUCCUUUCCAUCCUCAUCUGGGUCUACUUCCUCCAGAUCCUUGAUAAGUCGGUGCUCGGGUAUGGUGCCAUCUCCGGGCUGCGACAAGACUGCAACUUGACGGGCGACCAAUACUCAAUGGUCAGCUCCAUUUCUGCCAUCGCCCAGCUCGCAUGGCAGCCCUUCUCCUCGUGGCUUAUCGUCAAGGUGCCACAUCGCAUCUUGAUGCCCUGUCUGGUAUUAGGCUGGGGCAUUGCUCAAGUCUGCAUGGCCGCCUGUCAUAACUACUCUGGCUUGCUGGCGACCCGCUUUCUACUGGGGUUGUUCGAAGCCGGCUGCCUUCCUCUUUUCUCUGUCAUUACGUCGCAGUGGUAUCGCCGAGCCGAGCAACCGAUGCGCGUCGCUUGCUGGUACGGCACCAACGGCCUUGCAACAAUGUUCGCCGCCGCCGUGUCUUAUGGUUUGGGCCAGAUCAAUGGUUCUAUUCAUUCGUGGCAGAUUCUAUUUAUCUUUGUCGGCCUGAUUACGGUUCUCUCGGCGCCCGUAGUAUACAUCUUUCUCGACAAUGAUAUCCCAUCUGCACGAUUUCUUACCGAGCACGAAAAGUUACAAGCCAUCGAGCGACUUCGAGCCAAUCAGACAGGUACUGGUAGCCGUGAAUUUAAAUGGAACCAGGUGUGGGAAGCGUUGUACGAGCCCAAGAGUUGGCUCUUCAUUGGCAUGGCUGUGUGUCUCAACGUCACUGCCGCUGUGACAAACACCUUCGGCCCCAUCGUCAUCUCUGGGUUUGGGUUCGAUAGCGAGAAAAGCUCGUUGCUCAACAUUCCCUUCGGUUUUGUUCAACUCAUCGUAAUUUUCCCAGCGUCAUACUUGGCUCAUCGGUUCCGCGUCAAGUCGGCUUUCUUGGCAGCGAUUCUCGCUCCUGUACUGACGGGUGCCGUCAUGCUGUACGUUCUGGAUCGGAACGACGUCCCUCCACUACUGGCAGCGUACUACAUGCUCGGGUUUCUAUUCGGCGGUAACCCCCUCAUCGUGUCUUGGAUGAUCUCCAAUAUUGCUGGCACCACCAAGAAGUCUGUAAUCAUGUCGUUGUACAAUGCGGGGUCUUCUGCCGGUAACAUCAUUGGUCCUCUGCUCUUCAAUGCGAAGGAUGCUCCGCAGUACAAACCUGGCCUCACUAAGGUGAUGGGUAUUACCUGUGCACUGCUUGCUGUCAUUGGUCUGCAGGUGAUCAACCUCUUCAUCUCCAACAAGGUGCAGGAACGCAAGCGAGCUGCCAACGGCAAACCGAGAAAAAUCAAGGAUUUGAGCAUGGAGCGCCACUACACCAGUGCGCAAAAUGAUGAGUCCGGUGCUCAGUUAGGAGAAAAUGCCUUCUUGGACAUGACAGACAGUCAGAACGACGAGUUUGUAUACGUUUACUGA